UUUGGGGAGGAGAGAGAUGGAGUUUUUUGGGAGAACAGGGCAGUUUUUUUGGGGGGGAGAGAGAGACCUGUUAUUGAGCAAUGUUGUAUUGUCAAAAUCAAAGGGUGUUGGGGCUCUGCUAGGGUUUCGUGAGAUGGUGGGAUCAGUGUGCUGCCAUGGCUGCGUGGGCUGGUAAUGCUAUGGUUUCUGAUGAUUCCAGCCAUGGCGGCCCACUUCCCAUGAAAGGCAAGCCCCCAGAGUGGUCUGCCAGUGCAACUUGGCGGUGAUGAUCGUUCUCGAAAAUAGGGCAGCGUGGUAUAUGGUUUUGGCGAUGGAUCUACUGCGAAUACUACUGGAUCUGAUAAGGGUUCAUCCCUAAAGGUGGACAGUGGCUUUGGCGAUGGAUCUGGCACAAAACCGACUGGAUCCGACGAGGGUGAUCUUGUUCAUUGUGGUAAGCAGAAUCUCAACUCUGAGAUGGAUCCAAAUACUAAGCUGGUAGUUGAGGGAUCUGUGCCUCAUGUUGAGCAUGGAUCUGGGUAUCGUGUGAUAAUGGAUCUAGCUAUGGUGUUCAGGGAGGUUAUUCCACAGUCUCUUCUGGUGUUCAUGAUCAGGUUAUUUUUUCUCAUGAUACGUCGCAGCUCCUUGUGAGAUCUGGGAAGGGUGAUUGAUCAUGGCAAGAGGAUGCUCUCAGCUGUUAAAGGUGAUCAUGACAAGGGAGCUUCUGGUUUUUCAUAUGAUCGCAGUUCUAAUGGUGGUUUGAUUGCUAUGGGUGAGUGUGAUGGCUCUAGUCAUCGUGCUCUUUCUUCUCUAGAUGGGGCUGUUAUUGCAAAGGAGUCGUUUAUUGUUUCUGAUAUUCACAGUGGUUAUCGAGGGGUUCGUAGGAUUGCAGACAACCCUUGUAACAGAUCUUGGCUUUGCCUCUCGCAAUGGAUUGGACAUUGCCUAUGACUCUAGGUCUCUUGGAUCUGGGCAAGGUGUUCAUGUUAAAGGAACCCCUGAUGGUUCAUAUAUGGUUCCCUACGAGAAUGCCAAUGGUGUUUCUGUGGCGGCAGACAAUGACGCUAGACACAGAUCUGCAGAUAUACAAGGUACUGGCCCUUGCACUAAGGAGCAUCAAGGGGUGGCAACAGAUCUGAUGAUUCUAGGGUGUUGGGUAUCUUUGGAAUCUGGACCAAGUGUUUGUACUAUGCAGAGUGAACAUGUGAUCUCUGCUGGUCAUCUUGGUGCUGUGGAUUACACACACAAGUCUGUUAUUGCGGGUGAGCAUGUUGAUCUUGGUUUAGAUCAUCAUGUUGUCGAUGGUUCACAUAAGUCUACCAGUAAUUGUGCAGAUAAAGUUAUUAUGGAUCGUGAGGGUGCUGGUUUUCAUGGGUUUGAUAUUGAAAACACCCGUGGUGAGGCUAGGGGUGUUGCUCUACUUUGGCAUUCUGCUCCGAGCAAAUAUGGUGCUGGAUUAUUUGUUAAUGGUGCUUCUUUUGGCAACAAUUAUGUCCUUGGAUCUACUUCUUUUGCUGCUGAUAUUGGAGGAGAUGGAAGGAGAAAUUUCAAGGAAUUUUCCCCCUUGUUACCUGGUUCGAAAUCAGAAAAGGUGAAGGUUGCGACCCCUACAAACUGUUGGAAUUUGGGUAAGUCUAUGGACCUACUGUUUGGUGCUAAAGGCAUCCAAAAUGGAGUUUGUUAUUUUGAUGAACUGGAGAUUAGCCCCACUGAAACUAGAAAUGGGAGAUAUAAUGUAAAAAUUGGAAAGGAAUUGGUAGAUUCAUGCUUGAAGAGGUGGGACAACUGUCUUCUUGGAUAUUUCUUGGGGUGUAGGCCUGAAGGGACGUAUAUGAAGAGUAUGUCGCAAAGGAUGUGGACGCUGAAGAAUGAUCUUGAAAUCUUCUCACUUGACGAUGGCUUUCUUAUUUUCAAAUUUCACUCAAAAGAGGAAAUGGAAAUAGCAUGCAUGGGUGGUCGAUGGUUUGUUAAUAAAAAGUGCUUGAUUCUGUAGGAAUGGGACCGCUCGGUUCAACCUUUUAGAACCACACGUCAAACAGUGCCAAUAUUGAUUAAACUGCACAAUCUCCCUCUGGUUUUCUGGGAGCUUGGGAUUCUAUUUCGGAUUGCAUCUAGUGUGGGCAAGCCCAUCUUUAUGGAUAAACCAACAAAGUUGAGAUCUCGGGCUGAACCUCGUGCUUGCGUUGCAAUGGACUUGGACAACCCAUGUCUUAAUGAGGUGUGGUUUGACAUUGAUGGCAAGGAGCGCUGCUAACAAAUUAUGUUUGAGUUUAUUCCAGCUACAUGCCUGUACGUUCUUUGCCCAAAAGGACGCAUUGAAGCCGAAGGGUGUAGUAACUAACAAUUACAAUGGUUCUGUGGUCAUGUUACCUUCGGGAGAAGAGGGUUGGAAAGUCAUGAAGGGAUGGAGACAGUUCCCAUAUAAGAAGAAGAGAUGGACUCUACUUCUUCCAAUGGGUUUCAAGCUUUGGCUGAAGAUAAAGAGGAUGAUGUGAAUAUUGAUUGAGAACUAUUGGAUGUUCUGGAUAAUGGUGUUGAUCAAUCAAGAACAGUUGGAUGUUCUGGAUGAUGGUGUUGAUUGUCCGAAUGGCUGCACAACCUAGUGUUGAAGGUGGUGUUGGCACACAUACUCAUGGUGAUGAUAUGGUACAAGUAGGCCAUUUUAUUUGGGCAUGGUGGGGACUGAUUCCAUGAUAAGCACAGAUUUUGUUGACCCUCCAAAUCAGCAACAGGAUUCUAAGGAAGUUUCAUUAGAGGAUGGUGUUGACAAUCAGUUGAAUACCAUAGUGGAGGUAGAGAGAGAGGUUGGUGUUGACUGAUGACGGAAGUUUGGAGGGGAUUUCUGGUUCCUUGCAUGAUCCUACAUGUAUGGAGACUCAUGUGACUGCUCAGUUUCCUCAAGAGGAUAUGCAAUAGAAGGAAUUGGUUGAGGACGUGAACUCAUCUCAAACAGUCACGCUGAGCAUUGGUAGUGUUCAUGGUUUAGACACACCGAGAACAGAUAAUCAGCAGAAGAAGGAUGUUAAAAAUGCAAUGUUCUCUGUCGUGUCGAAGCCAAGCAUCUCUUUGGAUGGUGGGGAUGGCAAGGCUGACGGUUCUAGUAAGCAGUUGCAGGAUCACACUCUCGGUGAUGGGCAAAGAAAAGUUAGAACUCGUUCACAAACAACAGCCUCUUUAGCAGCUCAUGGGUAUUAUUGUUUACUCGUGCCUUCAACACUUGCCAUUCUGGUGGUAGGGGUGUACUUUCACUGGCUUAGCAUGAAGCUCUUUAAGCAUGCUUGAUGAAAUGUUUGCACUAAAUGUCCCUACUUGGUAGCAUACUCAACUAUUUGAAUAUGGAUGCCAGGAUUUUGCAUUACCUGCCUCAUGAUCAAUUUGUUUGGGAAUGAGUAGAUUUUGGAGUACAGCUCCAUCUCAUGAUACUGUUGAUCAUGAUGACAGAGAGGGGGUGGUUCAGCUUGGUUUGAGAGAGAAAGAGUGAGAGAGAGAGAGAGAGAGAGAGAGAGCUUGGCUUGGCCAAACUUAUGGUUUCGAUCUUGACCUCUCCUCCAUUGUACAAUUAAAUGUCCAUCUUAAGGGACAUUUAAUUUUAUUUUUUCCUAAAGGAAACCACAUUUAAAGCCA